AUGAUUGAAUUUCUGAUUUCAAAUGGUGCAAAUGUCAACCAAAGAAACUCUUUUGGAAACACGCCUCUACAUGUAGCAGCAUUAUUUUCUAAUAAAGAAAACGCUGAAAUAUUAAUUUCUCAUGGCGCUGAAAUAAAUUCCUUAAAUAAAAAUGGUCAGACUCCUCUUGAUAUUGCUGUUAUACGUUAUCGGAAACAAAAUGAAGAUUUUCUUAAAAAUCAUCAAGAAGAAAUGAAGCAUUUACAAGAAAAUAACCAAGAUGUUCUUAAUUCUUUGCAUGAGGAAUCUGAAAUAGAAGCUCUCUUAAAAUCAAAUGGUGGAAAAACUAAUACAGACAAGGAAUUCACUGAUGAUGCUUAUGAAUUAAUUUUUGAAUAUAUCUACAACGAACCUAAUAGUUAUACAUACAUAAUUGUUGCAAUUCAAUUUGUUUUGAUAAUUAUCAACCUUAAAUUGAAACGCAAAAAAUCGAGAAUAACUGAUCCUUGCACUUCGGCAUUUGUUCGAGCAGUAAUAAUGACUAUAAAUGGCAUCCUUAUCAUUUUCUUUUUCCACUUGUGCAAGAGAGUGUUGGAAAUAACUGCGAGAACGAUGGACUAA